AGAGAAUGAAGUUGUUUAUGCCAUUCCUGACAAGGAUGCUUUGAACAUUUUCUAUGAGAUUUCAUUUUCUGACAAUGUUGAUAGGACAUUGGCAAAUCUAAUAAUCACGUGAGAUAAUCGAUGCAAAGAAAAAUGUGAAGAUGGCUCCUCCUAUUUCAAGAUCGAAUUAUCAAUCUUCUAUAUUGAAAUCAGCAUUUCCAGAAGUGUCGAAUAUCAAGGUGGAUCCAAAUUCAUAAUUGAUAACGAUGACAUUGUUCAAGGCGUAACAUUUUAGUAAGAAUAUAGAAUAAUUAUCUACAUUUUUAUAAGGAUUUAGACAAUAUUUGCAUUAUCACAUUCAUGCUUCGAAGACUUACUUGCAUUCCAGAAUCAUCAAAAGAAUCAGCCAGUUCCAAAGAAGUUUACAAUUAUGUUAAUUCGAACCUGAAGUUGAAAAGAAGACUGAGGAUCUGUUCGCAUCAUCUGGUGUAAAAGCAUGAAAUAUAAAAAUAAGGAUAAUUAAUAAUUAUAUUGUUUUAGAAA